AUGUCCAAAACAAACAUGAUUCACGUCACUACCUUGUGCUUGGAACACGACCAUGCGCUAGGCCUUCGCGACGACAAGAAUGACAAUGAAACAGCCGGGGUGACGGACGGGGUGGCAUCUACCAAUGACGCGUUGUGGAGCGAUUUUUUCGAUUGCGAGAUGGAAGAAAGCGUGGGCUCGGCGGAAAGCGAGCAUAGGGUCACCCAUGGGUCAAACUCUGAAAAUGAGUACGAUUCAGACAGAUCCGUGGAAAGUGUGAAGUCAGACAACACGGUGAUGUUUGACCCAAGCGACUCACGACGAGGGGCUAUGCGUGAUGCCAUACGACGGAACCGGACGCUCACACAGGAACAGGCAGCCCAGACAGUGGUGGAAUUCGUAUCUCAGCUGCCAACGUUGGACGAGAAGCAAGCGCUAGUGACAUGA